UACGACGGUGAUCAUGAAUGUCGUAUCUGAUUAGUUUCUGAACGGCGUACGCAGCAUACCAAGCAUACUUCUGUUGACUGUCGAUCGGCAUUGUGGGACGUUUUAUUGUCGAAAUUAAUUCUGUAACUUUGCGAGAACUUUAGUGGACAAACUAAUUCGCCAAAAUGACUAUGGCAAUGUUGCAACGUCGCGCUAAUGUAAGGCUGCCACCUGAAGUAAACAGAGUAUUGUAUAUUAGGAAUUUACCUUAUAAAAUUACAGCUGAAGAAAUGUAUGAUAUAUUUGGCAAGUACGGAGCUAUCAGACAAAUUAGAGUAGGUAACACGGCGGAAACUAGAGGCACAGCAUUUGUCGUGUACGAAGAUAUAUUUGAUGCAAAGAAUGCCUGUGACCACUUGAGCGGUUUUAAUGUAUGCAAUCGUUAUUUGGUGGUUCUAUAUUAUCAGAGCAACAAAGCAUUUAAGCGAAUUGAUGUUGACAAAAAGAUGGAAGAUUUAGAUAAAUUGAAAACAAAAUAUAAUCUAAAUGAUGAAAAAAAAUAAUUUAUCAAAUAGUUACAUAGAAGCCAUCCUGAGAUAACGUAGAAAAACCUGGGGCAAAAAAUGUUGGCACAUUAAAAGGUCGCAAUUAACCACUUUCACAGUUGGUUGUGGAGUGGCAUUCCUGCGCUUUCAGGGACUCGAGAGGAUGAUAUAAGCUAUAGCGUAGUCUAAAGCACUGUUUACACUGUCGCUUGUAAGAGGUAUCGUGCAUAACUAGAUAUCGAGAUGCUAUUUUCAGUUUAAAAAUGGCAAGUUUGACGAGUCUAAGCUUGUUUGUUUUGGUGAUCGUUUUUUACAUUUUAUUUUCGGUUCCUCCAAUUAAUAAUCAUCUGUUUUACUAUUGAUUAUCCCGUAGUCAAUGAUCGCGCUCUAUCAGCUUUAAAGCCGCCUUACUUUCAAACUUGUGAAAUUUCGCAUUAGAAUUUAUGAUAAAACAAAAGAAUAAAAAACGACGAAAUUCUUUUCGCCGAUAGCCUUCUUUAUUACGCAAAGUUUUCACUUAAUUUCAUAGGAUCUUAGUUCAGUACGUUAUAUAAUUUAAAUAACGUAGUUAUUUCUUUACUUGUGUUCAUGUCUAUGUAUAUUAAUUUUAAUUUCGGUUUCACUUAUUUUUCUAGUUCUAAGAAUUAGAAAAAGAUUAAAGUUAAUCUACAUAUUGCCAUUCGGGCCUCGAUAGAUAUAUUACAACAAUUUCUCGUGUGGUCAUUUAAAAUUACAACGCAUAUGUGACUGCUGUUGAUACAUCAUGGCUGCAUUAUACCUUUGGACGCUUUCGUACUGAAAGCGUAUUCUAUCUUUAUUGCACAUUAUAUGUUAAAGAAAGAUAGAAUACGUUUUCAGCACGAAAGCGUCCAAAGGGAACAGCCCUAGUAUCAUACAUGCAGCGUGCAGCACUUGUCAUUGAUAAAUAAAUGAUAAAUCACUCGUCUCAUCUCCACAUUCGCGUUUUGUAAGCCGAGCUGAGCACGAUUUUUUAUUCGUCACUUAACUUAAGAAACUUAAGAAUAAGACUACGAUAAGAAACAUUUAUUUAAAUUCGUAUAAUUUAUUUUAUUUAGUAUAAUACGAAAAUUUCUGCUAAAUUACGUCAAUUUUCUCAUACUUAUUUAUUCAGAUUUCUACAAAGAU